CUGCCCGUCCUCCCUCGCGCUCCGCUCCGUUCUUCUUCCCGGGCACCCGCUCGUUCGCUAUCUUUUCUUUCUUUCUCUCUCACACGCAAACACAUGCGGUCGCUCUCCCGACGUUGUUCUGGCGCCCAUCUGCUCCGCGCAGGCGGCAGUCCGUGCCGGCCCCAGCAGCUCAUACGCCCCGCGCCCCUCGCGCCCUCAGCCCUCAGCUGCGGGGCAGCGAGCCUGGGGAAAGCUGACGCCCAGGGCGGUCGCUAAGCCUCGAGGGGUACGGAGGAGGCCGUAGUGGGAGCUCCUGCCCGUGGCUGUGCCCGCUGGGACCAUGCCCGGCCCCCGGCGCCCCACCGGCGCCCGCCUGCGCCUGCUCCUGCCCCAGCUGCAGCUGCUUCUCCUGCUCCGGGCCAGCCACGCGGGCAACCUGACUGUAGCUGUGGUGCUGCCGUUGGCCAACACCUCGUACCCAUGGUCGUGGGCACGCGUGGGACCCGCCGUGGAGCUGGCCCUGGCCCGAGUGAAGGCGCGGCCCGACCUGCUGCCCGGCUGGACGGUGCGCACGGUGCUGGGCAGCAGCGAGAACGCGCAGGGCGUCUGCUCCGACACCGCCGCGCCCCUGGCGGCGGUGGACCUCAAGUGGGAGCACAGCCCCGCGGCGUUCCUGGGCCCGGGCUGUGUGUACGCCACAGCCCCCGUGGGACGCUUCACCGCGCACUGGCGGGUCCCGCUGCUGACGGCCGGCGCCCCGGCUCUGGGUUUCGGGGCCAAAGACGAGUACGCGCUGACCACACGCGCUGGACCCAGCCAUGCAAAGCUGGGAGACUUCGUGGCGGCGCUGCACCGACGGCUGGGUUGGGAACGCCAGGCGCUAGUCCUCUACGCCUACCGGCCUGGCGACGACCAGUCCUGCUUCUUCCUGGUGGAAGGGCUGUACGUACGCGUCCGCGACCACCUCAACAUCACGGUGGACCACCUGGAGUUCGCCGAAGGCGACCGCGACCACUAUGCCAUGCUGCUGCGGACCGUGCCGAGCAAAGGCCGGGUUAUCUACAUCUGCAGCUCCCCAGAUGCCUUCAGAACCCUGAUGCUCCUGGCGCUGGAGGCUGGCUUGAGUGGAGAAGACUACGUCUUCUUCCACCUGGAUGUCUUUGGGCAAAGUCUGCAGGGUGCACAGGGCCGCGCUCCUUGCAGGCCCUGGGAGAGAGGGGAUGGGCAGGAUGUCAGCGCCCGCCAGGCCUUUCAGGCUGUUAAAAUCAUCACAUAUAAAGAGCCGGAUAAUCCUGAGUACUUAGAAUUCCUGAAGCAGCUAAAACACUUGGCCCAUAAGCAGUUCAACUUCACCGUGGAGGAUGGCCUGGUGAACACCAUCCCAGCGUCCUUCCACGAUGGGCUCCUGCUCUACAUCCAAGCAGUGGCAGAGACACUGGCACAUGGGGGAACUGUCACCGAUGGGGAGGAUAUUACUCAGCGGAUGUGGAACCGAAGCUUCCAAGGUGUGACAGGAUACCUGAAAAUUGACAGCAGGGGAGAUCGGGAGACUGACUUCUCCCUCUGGGAUAUGGAUCCUGAGACCGGUGCCUUCAGGGUUGUACUGAACUACAAUGGGACUUCCCAAGAGCUGGUGGCUGUGUCAAGCCGAAAACUGAACUGGCCGCUAGGCUAUCCCCCUCCUGACAUCCCCAAAUGUGGCUUUGCCAAUGAGAAACCAGCCUGCAACCAAGACCUCUUUUCCACCAUGGAGGUGCUGGCUUUAGUGGGCAGCCUCUCCUUGCUCGGCAUUCUCAUUGUCUCCUUCUUCGUAUACAGGAAGAUGCAGCUGGAGAAGGAGCUGGCCUCGGAGCUGUGGCGGGUCCGCUGGGAGGACCUGCAGCCCAGCAGCCUUGAGAGGCACCUGUGGAGCGCAGGCAGCCGGCUGACCCUGAGUGGGAGAGGCUCCAAUUAUGGCUCCCUGCUCACCACAGAAGGCCAGUUCCAAGUUUUUGCCAAGACAGCAUAUUAUAAGGGCAACCUCGUGGCUGUGAAACGUGUGAACCGUAAACGAAUUGAGCUGACAAGAAAAGUCCUGUUUGAAUUGAAGCAUAUGCGGGAUGUGCACAAUGCGCACCUGACCAGGUUUGUGGGUGCCUGCACCGACCCCCCCAACAUCUGUAUCCUCACAGAGUACUGUCCCCGCGGAAGCCUGCAGGACAUUCUAGAGAACGAGAGCAUCACCCUGGACUGGGUGUUCCGGUAUUCUCUCACCAAUGACAUCGUCAAGGGUAUGCUGUUCCUACACAAUGGGGCCAUUUGCUCCCAUGGCAACCUCAAGUCAUCCAACUGCGUGGUGGAUGGGCGCUUUGUGCUCAAGAUCACAGACUAUGGGCUGGAGAGCUUCCGGGACCCAGAGCCAGAGCAAGGACACAUCCUUUAUGCCAAAAAGCUGUGGACAGCCCCUGAACUCCUGCGAAUGGCUUCACCCCCUGCACGGGGCACCCAGGCUGGUGAUGUGUACAGUUUUGGGAUCAUCCUACAGGAGAUUGCCCUAAGGAAUGGGGUCUUCCACGUGGAAGAUCUAGACAUCAGUCCCAAAGAGAUCAUUGAGCGUGUGACUCGGAGUGAGCAGCCCCCCUUCAGGCCUUCACUGGCCCUGCAGAGCCACCUGGAGGAGCUGGGGCAGCUGAUGCAGAGAUGCUGGGCUGAGGACCCACAGGAGAGGCCACCUUUCCAGCAGAUCCGCCUGGCUCUGCACAAAUUUAACAGGGAGAACAGCAGCAACAUCCUGGACAGCCUGCUGUCCCGCAUGGAGCAGUAUGCCAACAACCUGGAGGAGCUAGUGGAGGAGCGCACCCAGGCGUACCUGGAGGAAAAGCGAAGGGCUGAAGCCUUGCUCUACCAGAUCCUGCCUCACUCAGUGGCUGAGCAGCUGAAGCGUGGGGAGACAGUCCAGGCUGAAGCCUUUGACAGCGUCACCAUCUACUUCAGUGACAUUGUAGGGUUCACAGCCCUGUCAGCAGAGAGCACUCCCAUGCAGGUGGUGACCCUGCUCAAUGACCUGUACACUUGUUUUGAUGCUGUCAUAGACAACUUUGAUGUGUACAAGGUGGAGACGAUUGGCGACGCCUACAUGGUGGUGUCGGGGCUCCCAGUACGGAACGGCCAGCUUCAUGCCUGUGAGGUAGCCCGUAUGGCCUUGGCACUGCUGGACGCUGUGCGCUCUUUCCGCAUCCGCCACCGGCCCCAGGAGCAGCUGCGCCUGCGCAUAGGCAUCCACACAGGACCUGUGUGUGCUGGAGUGGUAGGGCUGAAGAUGCCCCGUUACUGUCUCUUUGGGGACACAGUCAACACGGCCUCAAGGAUGGAGUCCAAUGGGGAAGCCCUGAAGAUCCACUUGUCUUCUGAGACCAAAGCUGUUCUGGAGGAGUUUGGUGGCUUUGAGCUGGAGCUUCGAGGGGAUGUAGAGAUGAAGGGUAAAGGCAAGAUUCGGACCUACUGGCUCCUGGGGGAGUGGGGAAAUAGCACCCAAGGCUGACCUGCCUUCCUUCCUGUCCCUGUGUUCCUGCCACACCUUUCUAUCUUGUGUCAGAAGUGGCAGAGAGGUGCUGGGCCUCAGCCUCACUUACAGCAGUCCAUCAUUGCUAAAGGAUUGGAGUAGCGGGUUGAGCAGCUAGGGUGUGCUGACCCCAGUGGAGAUCUCAGAUCAACAUCUGAGAGAGGACUAGCGUGGGGGAGAACUCCGAGUUCACAGCACAAGACCAAGGCACACAGUCAUACACAGUGGCACACAGAGGCACUGCCCCCACUCCACCCUGACUUGGGUCAGGCUGAACUGUGGAUUCCUGAACCUUCUCCCUCCCACAGCUGGUGCUCAGUCCGUCAACCUUGCUACACUGUGACUUUCACUGGGAGGAAAGGAAUCAUCUGGGAGGGAAAGAAUCAUCUGGGGAGUCCACAUCUGGGCCUAUCCCAUGUGGGCCACAAUACUCUGUGUGAUGGCCCACAGUGGACAUAGCACACAGGGGAGGAAAGACUGGCACAGAGGGGCUGCUGGCCUGUUUGCCUUGCUGUCUAGGUAGAGACCAUUAAAGUCUUUAUUCCAGCAA